AUGGCCACCAACAUCACCUACCACGCCAGCGGGCUCACCCGCACCGAGCGCAACACCCUCCGGUCCCAACGGGGUCUCACAAUCUGGCUGACUGGACUCUCCGCGUCCGGCAAAUCCACACUGGCCGUCGAACUGGAGCACCAACUAGUGCGCGACCGGGGAGUGCACGCGUACCGACUGGACGGCGACAACAUCCGGUUCGGACUCAACAAGGACCUAGGAUUCAGCGAAGCCGACCGGAACGAGAACAUCCGCCGCAUCGCCGAAGUGGCCAAGCUGUUUGCUGACUCCUCCGCUAUCGCCAUUACUUCUUUCAUCUCGCCGUACCGCAAGGACCGCGACACCGCGAGACAGUUGCAUGAGGUGCCCACGCCCGGAGAGGAGACGGGUCUGCCGUUCGUCGAGGUGUAUGUUGAUGUGCCGGUGGAGGUGGCGGAGCAGCGUGACCCCAAGGGAUUGUAUAAGAAGGCGAGGGAGGGCGUGAUUAAGGAGUUUACCGGUAUUAGUGCCCCGUAUGAGGCGCCGGUGAAGCCUGAGGUUCAUGUCAAGAAUCAUGAGGUGCCCGUGCAGGAGGCUGUGGCGCAGAUUAUUCGGUAUUUGGAUGAGCAGGGGUAUUUGCCUGCUAAGAAGGAGUAG